GUCUAACCUUAAUUCAAUAAUAAAAGAACGAUUUGACUCCUAUGCUGAAUAUGUCAGAUACUUGGGAAAAUCUUGAUCCGAAUCACUUAACUAAAGGCAGACUGAAGAGUGAAUUAAUUGCUCAUAACGUACCUUUACCACGAAGGGAGCAGAAGAAAGAGGUUUACGUUCAGCUCUAUUUAAAACACAUUACUUCUAAGAAUAAAUCAGAAUUAAGGGCGGAUUUUUCCAGCGACGAGGAGGAUUCUUCAGAAGUUAAAAGCACCGAGCCACCUAAACUGACAGAGACUGCAGAUAAUUAUACAAAUAUGAAUGUCACACAGCUGAGCGACGAAGAGUUGAAAGAACAGCUUGUGAAGCGUGGAGUUACACCUGGUCCAAUUGUGGCCACUACUAGGAUGGUUUAUGAGAAGAAGCUCCUGAAGUCGAUGGGACAGGGUCCAGCUGUGCCCCCACCCAAGCAAAAUGGAACUGGCGAUGUUGACCAAUACUCAGACAGUGAAGAGGAAGAAGAUUUUCUUCCUGAGGGCUCCACACACAGCAAAAUUGAUUCUUCGUAUCAAAGACACAGUACAUCAAAAGUCACUGUUGCAGAUGCAAGUAGUACAAGCAAAUCAAGAAAAAUUCAGGCAAAGGAAACAGGGGAUGUGUUGACUCAGAUGUUUCAGGAUGAAAUGAGCACUCCAGCAGGAAUCAGUGCAACACGGCGCCGACCAAUUAAAGGAGCAGCAGGUCGACCAAUUCAGUAUAAUUUUGAUGAUUUGAUGACACGGGCUACAGUGAGAAGUACCUAUAAGGAGAAAAGCAACUUCUCGGGUGCAAGGGAGAACAAGCCAGUGCAACGCCUUGUGCCAAUGUGGCUACGGAUCCUCUUGUUCAUUGUUGUUGUGUUAAUCCUCUUUCUGGUCUAUCAAGCAAUGGAAAGUAAUCAGGAGAAUCCUUUUGCAUCUUUCCUGGAGCAAGCUAGCAACCAAGUGUCGCAGGAUCAUCGGGAUGCUCAAUCCACACCAAACCAUGAUGCAUGAAGAUUGUGGAGUAGAUCUAUGUGGAAAAGGCAGCAGUCUCUGAAUUAGGUGAUUUAAAGUAGUUAAGCCCUUUUGAGCUUCCCUACUUUAAAAAAAACAAAAUGAGGGCUUUACCACAUUAACCAGAUAUGCCAGUACAUUUGUACAAAAAGCCUCAAAUAUUGGUCCCCCUGUUCUCAGUCACCACCUCUGACCCAUUUCCCCUUUAUUAAACAAUGAUAAAACUGUUCAAUUUGUAAUGGGUGGAAAAGGACAAUUUGUCUCGUUUGUUCAAACUGAAUUUGAGAAAGAAGACAGAUUGAUUAAUUAGGUAUAUGGGUUGUAUAGUGUCUGCCUGGAUCAUCUAAUUUACAUGACACUACAGGUUAUUAAAGUAACCAGGUAAAGGGUCAAGUUAGUGUCAGUAAUCUCCUCUAAAUAGAUUAAUUUCAUUCUUUAACCAUUUCAUUGUUUAACAAUUCCUCUGUCAUUGUAACAUCAAAUCUACCAUUUAAUGUGCAUCCACUCUUAUAAAUUCUUAACUUGGUGUCUUGGUCACUUUGUGUUUUUUUUGGGACAGGAAAAUCUUGAAGCUAGAGUUUUUUAAACUUUUUGAAUUUUGCAUGUGUUUCAUUGCUGGCAUGACUCAUAGGGGUAGCAAUUCUAUUUGUAGCUUAAUGUCAGUACUGGCUUGUUAUGUGCUUUUAAAGCAAGCUGAUUUACUUUUUAUGUAGGGGGUUAAAUUAUCAAAACUUCAUGCUCUUUCAAAGGUUUUUUGUUAAAUUUAUGCAUGUAAAUCUCUUAACCGGGAUAUUAAAGCUAGGUUUGUUUAGAAAGACCUUGACAGUCAGUACAAUUUAUAAAUAAACAUCAAAACUAUUGCAAAUUUUAAUUUUCUUAACUUCUUCAUAACUGUUAAAUUUAUUGCAUGGUUUAAUUGAAAAUUCCUUGCAGUCAAGUGUAUAUAUUUUAUUUACAUACCUUUCAUUUAUCAACCAUUUAUCAUAGUAAAAGCAGUUUAUCCACUUGUAGCACUUCUUAAAAAUCCUGCUCAGAAUGUGCUUUUAUUUUAAAGGUUUUCCACCUCUCUUGUCUGUUAUUAAUUGUGUUUCUACCUCCUUGAGCUGUAGAUCUCUCUCUUCCCUUGCCUACCCCAUACGCUAUCAGUCCAGUUAAGCAUUUUCAAGCAGUGGUCAAUUCCUUUUGGACUAAUAAUAAUAACAACAAACUACUUGUAUGCUUGUAGCACAGGGAUUACUUAAUGUUGAGAUAAGUGAGUGAAAAUAAGAAAUAGGAGAUGUGACUACAGUAGCUUUAUUAACUUGAGCACUGUACCAGAUCAUUGAGAAAAGAAUUAUUGCCCAAGCUUUAUUUAUGCCCCUUUCCAAAGAAGACUAUGUAGUGGUAGGUGCUUGGGUAUCUGAAUCAUGGAAAUUCACAGCACAAUGCAAGACCAUUCUGCCAAUUGUGCCAUGUCUCACCAUCCAGUUUCCAUUAAACUUUCAGUUAACGUGCCCAAGACAUUGGCAAAAAUAAGGAGCAUUCACCACCUCGAUCCUUUACUGGUUUUAGGAACUCCAUUUGUUUUAAGGAGUAGAAUUGGUAUACAUAGUCAUGUUGCCUUGCAAAUAGACAAGUUCCAUGUUAUGGACAUAUUUGUAGCACUUUGCUUUCAGUUGAAAUUUGAAGCUUUAUCAAAAGUGCAGAGUAGAUCUCACAAGUUAGACAAUCUUGUGGAGAUGACAGUGUCCCAGUGUGAUGCUCCACUUUUUUUUCCAGUAAGAGUUCCCCUCCUGUGAAAUGAUAUUCCACAAAGCAUAAGACCCUGUAACUCCCAAAGUUGAAACACAUGAAGGGGAUAAGGCGUUGGCCAGUGAAAUGUCUUGAGCUUUCGCUCCCCAAAUGGUUACACAUUGCCAAGUACCAUGAAUGUUGGGGGCACUGUGUUUAAGGGGUAAUUUUGUUUCGUGUUUCCAAUUGUGGUAUACACAAGCUCACAUGCAGCAUAGAGAUGCAAGGUUUACCAAAGCUGAUGGUCUCUCUCCAAAAUAUUCAAGUACUUUUUACCAUUUAUAUGAAUACUUUAAUUUUCAUGACCUCAUGAAUACAACAUACUAGCUCUUUGCUGGUCAAUAAAGUGAAAAAUGUGAAAUUAAGAACAAGACAUUUUUAUUUUUGAAGACUCUGUAUUUGAUGUUUGUAAGCUAAGAUAUAGAACUCAUGGAACUUCCAGGUUUAAUUUCUAAAAUUCCUAUUUUUAUCCUUCCUAAUAACUGUUUGCUAUUAUAGAUGGACAGCCGUGUUUCACAAGUUAAGUUGAUCAUUUUCCAGCUUGAAAAUAAGUUUAAUAUAUUAGUAACUGCAUGUCCAUAUCGUAGUAAGGCAGUAGAACUUGACAUUUUGAAUUUAUUAUUCCAAGUUCUAUUUAAAAAUUGAUUUUAAAGUUAACUAAAGCCUGCCUCUAGAUUUUUAGGAAAUCGCUUUUUUUUAGAUGGGCAAUGUUAGAAGGUUUCUUUAUUUUUCAAAUAAAUUCAAAUUCCCCUGAAAUUGAGACAUGAGUAUCACCAACAAUGGUUACUCAUUUCCCAAAGCAUCGUUAUUGAUGCAUGGUAUAACUAAUGCACAGUGAACUUUGGAUAUAGUUUUAUAUCCUAGGAAUGUGACAACUUUUCUGUUAAUCCUGAAAUCACUAUUCUUUACUUCUCAUCCUUUUGUGAUUUGUGUGUAUUUGUACUCAUUUUUUAUGUAUUGAAUACUACUCAAUUUUAAUUGUAAAAUUAACUGUGGCUUAUUUAGAUAGAUUUUACCUGAUCUAGAAAGAAAAAGUGCUAGUUGACUGCUGCAAACACUGUUCUUUGAAGAUUUUUUUUAAUUAUCCAGAUCAAUUUCAAUUUCUGAUAAGCUGUCAUAAUAUUUUACAUGUUUUAUUUGGGGAAAUGAGAGAAAUGUUAAGGAUCCUCAACGAUACUAAAUCUCAGUAAGAAUAAGCGUAGUCUAUUUUCUGCUUGUAUCCUUAAAUGGUGAUCUACAAAGUUCAAGCACAUAGUCUUAAGACACUUCACAUCCAUGAGUUUUAAUUCAUUAAACCACUGGGGCAGAACCUAUUACAAUCUGUAUACUGAUGGUUCUCAAAACUGAGGCACAGACUUGCUGUGCUCUGCUUUUGUCUGCAAUGCUAUGGCAUUACUGACCUGCAAAAUCUCCAAAUUUUUAUGUAUUGAUUACUUAGAAUUUUUUACUUCAAAAAAAAAUUGCAUGUGCAUCCUGAAAAGGGCUAUGUCUUGUUAGAGAACAAGAACCGACAUUUUUUUCAAUAAUUUGCAGGUUUGGCAAGGGUAUUAGUGGCAUUCUGACAUUUGAGCAGCAGAGAUUUGGAAAAUAGGGAUUUAGAUACUUAGCAAUGGGUGGGGGGAUUAUUUGUUGUGAUUUAACUCGCUACAUAAUGUGCCUUUUGGACACAUUGAAUUCAUCAUGUUGAUACUUGCAGCAUUCAUCCAUGUUUAAAAUGUUACCAAGCACAAGUUUACUGUGUUCAUUUUAGUUUCUACAAUUGUUGCUGGUUUUGGAAUAAUUUUGAGUGGCUAGUGAUCAGCUACCAUGGAUAAUCUUGUGGGGAGCUCAGUUGCUGUAUUUGUUAUCAGGUUUGGGUCUGUUUUACUGAACACUUCAGCCCACAAUUAGGAUCUAUAAAAUAACAACUUGUUUCAUCUGUUUGGCUAGCAGGUUACGUUUUAAAAUUUUCUGCAUUGUUUUCAUAUGGUGGUAUUUCUUUCUAAAGUACUCUGUUUGGGAACUUUUUAAAUGCUACACCAGCUCUGUCUUGAAUGUGCCUUAUUAAAGUUUCUUAUCCAAAUUUAAAUAAAAUUUUGUAUAUUUAAACUAC